AUGGACGUACAGGACUUAUUUGAGACACUUGUUGAUCCCGGACCUGGAAACUUGCCUGAAGGACAACAAGACGAUGCAGGUAAUUACGAGAAAGCGUUACGAACAUUGAACGCGUAUUUCAUACCUCAGCUAAAUGCAAUAUAUGAGAGACAUGUGUUUCGUCAAAUGAAACAAGAGGAGGGUGGAACUAUAGAUCAGUUUAUUUCAAGACUGCAACGCCAAGCACAAAAUUGUGAGUUUACAGAUACUGAUGAACAAAUCAGAGAUCAAGUUAUAGAUAAAUGCAAGUCGUCAUUGUUACGCCGUAAGCUCCUAGAAAAUGGAAAAUCCCUAACCCUAAAAGUGGUGCAAGACACAGCACGGGCCUUAGAAGUAGUUGAUGUUCAAUUAAAGACUAUGGAAGGUGAAUUUAAACGGGAAGUCAACCAAGUCCAUAAAGGUCAACGGUCACAAAAGAAGCCAGGAAGAGAGAGAGAGAAAAAGAAAUGUUAUCGUUGUGGUAAUAAGGGACAUUUCGCCAGGGAUAGGGAACGCCCAGCAAGAUCUGCAAACUGUAACAAAUGUCAUCUAACAGGACAUUUUGCAGUAGUAUGCAAGACUAAGAAACAUACCAAAGGUAACGCAGAGAAAGUUAGUACACAGGGAAACUCAGACAAAGAGAAAUAA